AAACCCAAACUGGUCAGAGCAACUAGUGCAUCUGCAUUUCCCAGAGAAAAGACUGUUUUCUCUGCAGGGAGCCACUUCGCAAACGUACGUGUGGAGGUGUUAACUUUAACAAGGAGAACAUUUCAACUGACUUGUACUUUGAGCAUUUAUUAAAGCAGUCUACGUAUGAGAUACCCCCGUUAAAUUCCUUCUGGAUACAGUUAUUGGAUUAAAUGAUGGCCAACGUAUUUGAAAGGCAUAGAAUCCACACAUCUAAAAACUUUCACCACGAAAGAGAUCUAAGCAAGAUGUCAGCAGACAAGUUUAGCACACUUCCGAGGAAUAUGUAUAUGGGUCAACAGUGUUCUCUGGUGUCUUCCAUGGACUUGUUGAGCAGCAAGGCCAGACCUGUCAGUCCAUGUUCAAUGCUACAGCAGACCAUUUCUAUCCAUGGCACACUUCCAAGGAAAAAGAAGGGCAUCGUACCCUUUAGAUCAUGUGAAAUGUAUACCCACAUGGGGACUCUGCCACAUUCCAAGAGUCGUCCAUCAAAGUCACGCCAUAUGUAUGAUGCAAUAGAUGAAUAUCCACCCCAUGUUCUGAAUGAUGAUAUGGCUGGCUUCAGGGAUAAAGGUACCACUGAUCCUGCUAUGGAGUACGUGAAGUUUUCUAAAGACAGGUAUAUCAUGGAUGGAACCCCAGAAAAGCUGAGAAAAGAACUAGAAGAGGAGUUGAAGUUAAGCAGUGAAGAGUUGAGGAGUCACGCUUGGUACCACGGACGCAUUCCUCGGCAGGUAGCAGAAAGUGUACUAAAGAGAGAUGGAGACUUCCUGAUCAGGGAUUCACUUUCCAGCCCAGGGAACUUUGUUUUGACUUGCCUCUGGAAAAGCAGCCCUCAGCAUUUCCGAAUCAACAAAGUUAUCAUCAAACUUAAUGAUGCCUACACCCGUGAGCAGUAUCAGUUGGAGCGGGAGAGCUUUGACAACAUCCCUGCAUUAGUCAUGUAUUAUGUGGGGAAUCGCAAGUCACUGUCUCAGCAGAGUGGAACAGUUAUUUCCCAUCCAGUCAACAGAGCACUUCCACUCAGAGUCACAGAAGAGAAAUUCGUCUCUAUAGUCAAUCAGAGUCAAAUAGCAGAAGAAAAAAAAGAAAUCACAAAGCGACUGAGCUUAAAUAUUGCCAACGGACUUUCGCAUGAACAGGCUCUGAUACAGGGGAACCUUUUAAGGAAUAAAGAGAAGUGUGGAAGCCAGCCUGCAAGCCUGGACCACAUGCCAGAAAAAAGACGACCUCUAAAAGCACAUCAGUCAGAAAGCCAUCUCCCUCUAGGCUCAAAAGCUCUCUCAAUAUCCCCUACAGUGGAUACAAACACACUUCCAAGGUCUCCUGUGUUUAGAACAGGAAGUGAACCUGUUCUCAGUCCAGCAAUGUUACGAAAAAUCACCUUGGAAGGCCAUGCAGGAGAAGCUUUAAGAGGAUCGGACAGUCAGCUGUGUCCCAAACCGCCUCCCAAGCCAAGCAAGGUGCCAUCCAUGAGACGGACACAUUCUCCCUUACUUCAGCCUCAACCAGAGUUUAACUAUUGUGAACUUCACCCUAUACCUCUGAACUGCCGAAAAAAACAGCAUUCUCUCUCUCAGAUUGACAGUUAUGUUGAACGAUUGAAAACCGAAGAAAGCAAACACAUUCCUUACCGAAAAUCAGAAACAAACUUUUGUAUCCUGGAACCGAACAAUUUACAGCAAGUUAAAAAUACGCUAAAUGAUCAGAAUGAGAAAGAAAAUGAAGACGUUGCAUUUAUUAAACCAGUAUUUGAGACAGUGUCUAGUUUCAAACCAAAUAGUUUCGAAUCUAAGCUCCUUCCAGCUGAACACAAACCCUUGGACACAUCAGCACUGAAACGUGUUAAAGAACUCUUUCACAUCAAUGACACAAAGACAAUUGGCAAACACAUUCUGAAAAUGGACUGCAAGGUUGCUAGGAUAGUAGAUGUAUCUGAAGAGGUGAAGGGCAUGAUGGGAGUAAGCUCAGGCCUAGAGCUCAUUACUUUGCCUCAUGGACACCAGCUGCGACUGGAUCUAAUUGAGAGACACAGCACCAUGGCAAUAAGUAUCGCAGUGGAUAUUUUGGGAUGCACAGGAAAUGUUGAUGAGAGAGCAGCAACCUUAAACAAGAUAAUUCAGCUAGCAGUAGAACUGAAAGACUCAAUGGGAGAUCUCUUUGCAUUUUCUGCAAUCAUGAAAGCAUUAGAUAUGCCACAGAUUGCAAGGUUGGAACAAAUGUGGACAACACUGCGACGUCAGCAUACUCACACUGCUAUCAUAUACGAAAAGUGCCUUAAACCAUUUAUGAAAGCUUUACAUGAAGGAAGUGGUGUUCCACUUAGUGAUACAACAGUCCCACUUCUGAUGCCUCUGGUGACACUGAUGGAACGUCAGGCUGUGGCCUUUGAAAGUAUGGACCAGUGGGAGAAGAAUGACCAGAAUUGUGAAAUUAUGAUGAAACAUCUGGAUAUGGCACGAAGUGUAGCACAAAAUGCAGAUGUCUAUAGAACAAAUGCACAGAAAAUACUGGAAGAUUUCAAGCCAGAUGAGGAGCUACUAGAGAUGUUUAAAACUGAAUUUCAGAUGCGACUCUUGUGGGGCAGUAAGGGUGCGCAGGUUAACCAGACAGAAAGAUACGAAAAAUUCCAUCAGAUUUUAACAGCACUGUCAAGGAAGCUAGAGCCUCUGGUGAAAUAUUCAGAUGUAUAAAUUUGAAAACAUUCUUCAAACGCAUUCAAGAUGGACAUCCUCUUUUCCUUAAAUCAGAAUAUUUUUCAGAGAAAAAAAAUUGACUUUCUCCCCUCUGGUGAAAUAUUCUGAUGUAUAAAUCUGAAAGUGUUCUUCAAACUCAUUCAAGAUGGACAUCUUCUUUUCCUUAAAUCUGAAUAUUUUCAGAAAAAAAUAAAUAUAUGCUUUUCUGGGGUGGGAAGGAGUUCCCGCUUUAUCUGUAAUUACAAGUGCUUCUAGUUUGCAAAGAGUUAAUUUAUUAUUGGUGGAAUUACCACAUUUAGUGUCUCCAUGAAGACAAAGGUUAAAAUGUCACUUGACAAUCGUACCUGCUAGCAGUUGUUUUGAAAUGAAUAUUGGACUGAGAGAUAACAACAUGCUAGCUAAUAAAAACUAUUUUGUAACUAACUGUUAUUUUAGCAGCUGUAUAUUUUCUUAAGCUAAUGUCACAAAAAAGCUGUACAGAGAUUUGUGUAUAUAUAUAUUUUAGUUUUUAACUCAUGAUUGCUGAUAAAAUAUUAUUCCUGUGUAAUAAAGUAUUCGUGGACUUGUUUUAAUAGCUACACUUCUGACUACAGAUGUUCUUAAAAACACCUCAUCAUUAAAUGCUAGUUGUAUUAUCAGAAAA